UUCGAUCAUUAUCCCUGUUAAAAAAAAGAAAAAAAAGGUAAGAAAAUUUUAUACUUUUUUUGGCCAACGAGAAAAUUUAUUACUUUAAAUCCCUAAAACUUGUCAUUUGCUCCUUCUCUCUCUUACCCAAAUCUGACACUGGUUUUGGAUUUUCCAUUUCAAUUCAGUGUUUUCAAACCGCAUUGUUGGAUGAUUGUGGGUUUGUAGCAGAGCAAUGAGUGGAGUAAAAAAGUCUACCUCAGCAAAAAUAAAAUUGAGGGGCUUAUUGAAUCAACCUGAUAAUCGCACUUGUGCUGAUUGUGGUGCUCCAGAUCCAAAGUGGGCAUCAGCAAAUAUUGGAGUCUUUUUAUGCUUGAAAUGUUGUGGUGUGCACAGAAGCCUCGGUACACACAUAUCCAAGGUUUUAUCUGUGGCAUUGGAUGAAUGGUCUGAUGAAGAAAUUGAUGCCAUGAUUGAAGUUGGAGGAAAUUCCUCUGCUAAUUCAAUCUAUGAGGCUUAUAUACCUGAAGGUUAUACAAAGCCUGGCUUAAAUGCUAGUAAUGAUGAGCGGAGGAAAUUCAUUAAGUCCAAGUAUGAACUUCAAGAAUUUUUGAAGCCCAGCUUGCGGAUCACAUCAGGGAAGGAUUCUUCUUCUUCUUCUACUCAAUCGAACAUUUCUGGAAAGAUUUUGGAUACUAUCCUAUCAAAUUCGACACAGAAGGAAGGCAUGGUUGAAUUUAUUGGGUUACUGAAGGUCAAAGUAGUAAAAGGCACAAAUUUAGCUGUCCGGGAUAUGAUGACUAGUGAUCCUUAUGUUGUCCUGACUCUUGGGAAGCAGACUGUUCAGUCGACUGUAAUAUCAAGCAACUUGAAUCCAGUCUGGAAUGAGGAAUUAAUGUUAUCGGUUCCUAGCAACUAUGGGCCUGUUAAGUUGCAAGUAUAUGAUCAUGACACGUUCUCAGCUGAUGAUAUAAUGGGAGAAGCAGAGAUUGAUAUCCAGCCCUUGAUAACAUCUGCAACAUCAUAUGGGAACCCGGAAAUGUUUGGGAAUAUGCAGAUCGGAAAAUGGCUGCAGUCCCAUGAUAAUGCCCUUAUGGAGGAUAGCAUCGUCAACAUCAUUGAUGGGAAGGUGAAACAAGAUGUAUCACUCAAGCUCCAAAAUGUUGAAUGUGGAGAACUUUAUCUAGAAUUAGAGUGGCUGCCUCUUGAUCAGUAAGCAUAUGUUGUGUAACUUCAGACAUACCAUUGCCUGGGAUUUGGCUUCAAUUUGCUCUGUCGCUGCUAAUUUUGAAUUUGGGCAAUAAUUUUUUUGAAGUGCACAUUUUAUUUGGAGUUAGGGAUUGGAGCAAUCAUUAAAUCAAGCUUUUGAUUCAUGUAAUAUGUUUCAAUAAAUUAAGGACUGCUUCAUGACACAGACUGAAUGUUCAGAAUUUCCGUAA